AUGGAUUGGCUAUUAAUUGCUCCUAUUGCAAGCAUUAGUCUCUUGAGUUUACUCAUAUGGCGUCGGUACUUCUCAGUGAUCAGCGACAUCCCUGGACCCUUUGCUGCUUCUUUCACUCGCCUUUGGCAUAUGCACCGCAUUCUCAAGGGUGAUCAAAAUCUCGAGCUGAUCCGAUUACACGAACAACACGGUCACUUCGUUCGUAUAUCCUAUGACGAAGUAAGCGUUAGUCAUCCAGAUGCCAUCGCAAAGAUCCUUUUAGCUCCCCUUCACAAGGCGAAUUGGUACAAGAUUCAUGCUCUGCCAGACUACCGCUUCCAAUCACCCAUGAGCACCACGGACCCCAAGAAGAAGAUUGAGAAGUCGAAAUACAUCGCCGCGGCAUAUACCGUCUCUAACCUGCUUCGCUCGGAGGAGCAUAUCGACCGCACCUUCGAAUCUUUCCUUGACUGGAUGGACAAAUAUGCAACAGACAAGAAACUGAUGGAUCUCAACACUUUCAUUUCGUACGCGACAUUUGACGUCAUUGGCGAAGUCGUCUUUUCCAAGUCCUUCGGGUUUUUAGAACAGGGCAAAGACAUUGGUGACUCAAUCAGAAACUCCCUAGCUCUAAACGCAUACAUUGCAGUAGCCGGCUAUUUCCGCUGGAUCAACAUCGCCCUUCUAGCCAACCCAAUAAUGACCUGGCUUGCCAUACUACCAAUGGGCCAUCUAUUUGACACCGUCAAGUCCGUGUUGGCGGAUCGGGAAAAGAAUGACAACGUCCGUUAUGAUGCAGUUCAAUAUUGGUUCAAGCAGCACGAGCGACAUCCGGACAAGUUUACCAUACGAGAAAUCAAUACACAGGCGCUUGCUGCUGUGGGUGCGGGGUCUGAUACCGUUGCUGCGGGUAUACAGUCGUUUGUAUAUCAUAUGGUUCGUCAUGCUGGUGCGUGGGAGCGCGCUCAUGACGAGGUUGUCGAAGCAGUUAAGAAGGGGUUGUGUAGGGAUCGAGUGGUAUCUUAUGCCGAUGCACAGCAACUCAGCUUUGUACAGGCUUGUGUCAAAGAGGCUCUGCGCAUUUUCGGUCCCGUACCUAUGGGUCUACCACGUAUAGCACCCAAGGGAGGUUUGACUAUUGGCGAUCGUACUAUACCUGAGGGUACUAUUGUCUCGAUUAACCCAUGGGUAAUGCACUACUCGAAGGAGAUAUGGGGUACCGAUGCGCAUGUGUUCAACCCAGACCGAUGGUUGGAAGAAGAUAGCGCUGCGAAAGAGAAGUAUUGGAUACCUUUUGGAGCAGGUUAUGGCGGUUGUCCAGGACAGAAUAUUGCAAAGAUUGAACUUGCGAAGAUUGCGGCGACGUUGGUUAGGGACUAUAAGAUUAAACAGGUGAACGCGACACAAGAUUGGCAGUGGAAAGCAUACUUCACAGUUGUUCCACAUUCGUGGCCUGUGUACGUCGAGAAGAGGUGA